CAAUCAUUGCUGGUGAGCAUUUCUUACAGUUAGACCCACAGCAUCUUUGAAAGACAUUCCAUUAAAGUACCGCCUCGAAAAUCUCGUCGUUCGUUACUGGUUAAUAUUCGAUACACGGUGCUCGUCGGUGGAACAUUCCAGCCCCUUCGUAGUGUUUUCUUCUUUAGUCGUUGCACCGAGGAAUGGCGGAUCCGGCACUAGACGACGAUCCCGUGGAAGCCCCCCUAGAAGCCAACGUGUACGCGGUCCUGCAGCAGAUCCGUGAGAUUGCCGCUCAGGUUGGUUUUGGCGAACGCACCAUGUGGGACAUUGGUCGCAUUCGUAACGUUCUGGAAGCCACGGCAGGCGACGUGAAUCUCGCGUCCCAACUGUACUGGGACGAUUUUGUGGCGACACACGCCGCGGGGGAUCGUCCCCAUGGUCUUCCCAUGGAAGCCUUACUGGCACACGAGGGAGCGGGGGAGGCGAAUCCUGCCCAAGCAGCAGACGAGGAGGGUAACGACGAGCUCGUUGUGGAACUAGACGGUAUGGAUGCCGACGAGGAAGGCCCCGCAAUACCUCCCAACCACGCUGGACCCGAUGUCAUCAACAACAUUCCUGCCGUGGACGAACUCGAUGCUCACGACGAAAAAUAUAAUAACAAUGAGAUUCGCGAGCAUCGUCCCCGUCGCAGUCGGAACAACCCACUCCAAGAAAUUGCAAUUGACCGCGAUCUCUUGGAGAUCUUUGGUCGACAUCAUUCGGGUGACGAUGCCGAUCGUCUUGUCGCUCGGAUCCGAGAAUCUGUCCGUCGUCUUCGCCAAGCAGAACCACAGCAUCUGCCCGCAAAUGGUCAACCCGAAGUCCCCGCAGCCGCUGUCCGAGCUGCUGCGGCAGUCCUUUUGGCCGCUCGGGAUAUGGAAUCCGUCUCGGUUUCGGACGAAGACGAAGAGGGCGGGUGGAAACUGGUUGGUGGCAAGCUAGCCAACCUUCCGCAGAAGCGACGCAGAUCUGAUCCGACCAGCAGUCCCGAUGUCCCCGCCGACAGUGACGACGACUGCUAUUUGAGUGACAAUGAUUGGUUGUGGGAACCCACGGACGUGCGCAACACUAUUCCGAUAUCGCCACCAAUGGAUCUCUUAUGGGGAAUUCCUUCGCCGCAGGAGCCCACCGAGGCUGCGACCGUCAACAACGAAGUGGACAAUGGUGGUAGUAGCAAUAUAAUUGUGGCCGAGGACGACGAAGCGGACGAUGACAACGCUGCGUCAAAUAUCGGCAGUACCGGGAUUCCCCGGACUUGGUUAGGCUGCAGCUUUGCGUUGUCCGAUUGUGCCACGGGUCUCGUCGUUCAGCCUCCGAACGAAGACGAUAUUGCCUACACUACUUGGCGCAAAAAGGUUCCGCUAACAGGCAGCAUACGCAGUCGCAUUCCACCUCCCUAUCAUUGUCGGUCAGUGUCCAUCCUUCUUUCCAUCGUGACCGGAUUACUGUACACGGGCGCUGCUCCACAAGGAACUACGGUGAGUUGUCACACUUCGCGCAAGCCGUUUGCGGACCUCGAUCCCGAGCAGCGCCGCCGCGAAUUUGGAUCACGCCUCGCCGACGCUUUGUCGUCACUCUUGUUGAUUGCCGCCAAAAGCUCGAUUGCCCGCAAAUCCAAGGCGCUCGCCGCGCUCAAAUUAAGCCAAAAACCAGCGGAUAUACGCAAAUGGCAAAAACUCGCCCGGAAACUGCGUCUUUGUCCAACAAGCUCGUGGGAUACCGAUCCGGCAACAGGAUACUUACGGUUUGCGGGGGAGCGUCGUAUUGAUCGGACUCCGCAAAUCAAAACGUCGUUUACGAAUGUGGAAGACCUGCAUUCGUAUGUACUGAGUAAUCUGACCUUUUUCACGAGAUCCGGCGGCUGCGCACUGUUUUUGGAAACCUUACUGCGGAUUCACGGCAAAGGGGCUGUUGCCCGAAUGAUUCGCCACGCACGCUCCCGGGCGAAGAUGCUACCUCCGAUGGAAGUACCUUUGAUACGCUGUGUUUGCGACGAAAAACAUAAGAAACGGUUGGACGACAAUCCCCCCACUGGAUUGUCACGAGCCGAUCUGGCCAACAUGGUGGGCACCAGCCCUCCCGGACACGAAUGUGUAUCGAUAGAACUUUUGAGCUUACUUUUGACGGGAAGCGUCCAUUCUACGCUGAAGGGCUGGUCCACGGGUUCGCUGGGGUUGGGGUUGCUUUCGGAGCCUUCCCAAAAAGUGUGUCAGGGUCUCACGCGCCCGGGUCAACCUGUCUGGCUGUUGCGCGGGCCGACGUGUUAUUCCGUCCUUUGGCUGACGGGGAGUCGUGAUUUUGACGGUACGGAUUUCGCACGAAUCGACCGUCCCGGUGCGGUUGCCACGCUGUGCCACUGGAACUGCUGGUACGAAGAACGGCGUCGGACGGACUUUCGACUCGUCACGGUGCGGUCUCAAUGGGUUCCGCCCACGCGGCGUUCGGUUGUGGACGAACUGCAGAUGGAGGAGAAGGACGAAACGCAAACGCAAACGAUGCGAUUAAUGGCGCAACGCCGCCGCAAAAGUGUCGGUUUGCUCAACGAACUCGAAGACGGGGGGAGAGACCUUGUCGAACUGAACUUUUCAGCAGAGGAAACGAACCGCUUGGAAAUCCACCCGGAGGAUCAGAAGCUGUAUCCGGAUCAGUACCAAAUGUGGCGUUACGAUAUGCACGAGGUUACUUCAAUGGACCAGAAGCCGGCAGCCACACGAUGGAAGCCCUUUCACCGUUUGAGCAAGCGGGCCCAGCAGCUGGUGCACGUCACACUGGGACCAAAGAUCAACACUAUUUUGUGGACGCGAUGGCCCAGCGCAAACUUGGAGCGCUUUCAACCGGAGAGUCCACCUCCUGUAGUGUAAGGACAAAUUCCUCUGUAGAAGAUAAUAAAUUGCUUAUACACGG